UCUGGGCUGAAGUCCCUUUGUUUCCUCAAUCAACUUUGCAACACUUUCCUUCGAAGCACUUCCUUUCUUUACCCUAAGCAUUCUCUAUACUCAUCUAUUCUCACUCCUUCAAUUCUGCAUUUUCUCUUUGCAAUUUACAUUAAUUACAUCGCUCCUUGAACGUUCGAAUCUCUAUCGCAAGCCAGCACCUUUGACCGACAUUUCCGGCCAUCGCUUUCUAUAUACCAUUCGAAAACUUCAAUCAUUUCUAGUAAUCAAUAUGCCGCCCCGCUACGGAGCCCUCGGUGCUACUUUCCAGCUCGCACGCAUUUUCCAGACAUGCUCGCUUAUUGCCAUCAUUGGCAUGACUGCCAAAUUCAUUUCCUCGAUUGUCAACAACGACGAUACAGCGCCGAACAUUAUCAUCGGAACCAUCAGCGUGACCUGUAUAGCCGCGAUAUACUGCAUUAUUACCGGCAUCCUGUUCUUCGAUGAUAUUCUUCCGUUCCUUCCCUGCGCGGUUCUAGACCUCCUCCUUCUCAUCGCACUCAUCGUCGUGGCUGUGAUUAUGGGAAAGCCACUCUCAUAUCUUAACUGCUCGUCGCUCUCCUCGCUGAACUUCAAGGAUGCGACCACAUAUUCAUUUUCGUCGCGCCUGUCCAACGUCGAGGCAAGCAUCAGCGGCAAGAUUGAUUUUGAUGCAUGGAUCGGAGCAUCGAAGACUAUCUGCUUGGAGACAAAGGCAAUCUGGGGACUGAGCAUUGCGUUGUGUAUUUUGUUCUUCUUUUCAGUGAUUUGCAAUAUUUGCCUCUGGCGCCAGAAGAAGGCGAAGAUUGACGCCGAGAAGUAAUUUUUCAAAAAGCCCAGUCACACUCACCAAGGCAUGAAUGUGAUGAGAAAUCUGAAGGGUUGAUCAGUGGAGGAGGAGAAGGAGAUGGGCAUAAUGGAAGAUAGGGGAGGCUAGAUUGAGCGACAUUGUGAUAUGUUUUUGUCUUUGGCCACACAGAGCAUUAAUGAGUUUUUUUUUUUUUUUUUGGCGUCGGGAGUUAUGUUCGAUAUGGAAAAUGACGAAAAUGAACUGUCAGCCGAAUGAAACCACUCUUUUUAC